AAAAAUAUCAGGGUUUCGAAAGGAGUGAGAGAUAUACCAGGAAAUUUUCAGUCUGCCAGUAGUAAUAUCCCAUCAGGAAAAGCACUCAUGUACUUUGGCUUACUCCUGGCAAGUGGAGUCUUCUUUCUGUUUAUUGCAUUUACUUUAUUUCUUCCGGUCAUCGUAGUGGUGCCUCAGAAAUUUGCCAUCUGUUUUACUGUUGGGUGCUCCUUCAUUAUUGGGUCAUUCUUUGCCCUUAGAGGUCUGACUAAUCAGUUUGCCCAUAUGUCAUCGAAGGAGAGACUCCCCUUUACAUUGGCAUUCAUAGGCAGCAUGAUGGGAACCAUUUACGUUUCUAUGGUGCUCCAUAGCUAUAUUCUGACUGUGCUCUUUUCAGUGAUUCAGGUCCUGGCACUGGCAUACUACGCUAUUUCUUACUUUCCUGGAGGAUCUGCUGGAUUGAAAUUUAUUUUGUCCUCUUUGACUUCUUCAUUGUUGAGAUGCUUUGAUGGCAGAAGACAAACUUCUUUGAAAGGUGCAGAUCCUCUACUAGGUGCAUUUGUAGGUUUGUGCAUGUGCUUAAAACAGCCCCUUUUUAUCCACUCUUCCACCUUUGAAGUGCAAGGCUCUCCGCUAAGAAGGAUAGCACAAACGUUAGUGUACUAUGAAACGUCUUUGAAGUUUACUGCUCUGUUACUGCUCUGUUAGCCUAUAGGAAAAUCUUCCAAAAUGUAAAGAUUGGAUAAUAUCCCAAAACAACCAUUUGCCUUAGAUAGUUUGCAUUUGCAGAGAAAGAGGGCUCUAGUGCACUUAGAUCAGGUUGGUGCGUGUGUAUUAUUUAAUCCUUCAAUUAAGUUCUAUUUUCAAAAAUUCUUCAAGUACAGAAAUUUUUUUCCAGAUUUUUGAAU